AUGCCGGGAGUAAUCAAGCGGCAGACGCGAUCCUCAAAGGUCGUUCCUGCAACAUCGAAGCGCGGAGCCUCGAUCAUCAACAGCUUCGCUCGUGUUAGCAAACCUCAGACUCCUGGAAAGAUCAUUGGCGAAAAGGCCCUUUCUACUCCACCUGCGAAGACCGAGACUAUAAGGAUAGAUAUUGUUGUAUCGUCCAAGAAGCGCAAGGCAGCUGCCGUGGACGAAAAUGUUGCUCCAGUCAAGGAUAUUUCACCAAUCACAACCACCCCAGUGGCACCUCGCUCAACAAAGCGUGCCUGCAGACGCCAGCUUGACGCCAUCCAGAACAACCAGCAAACAUCUCCGACAUCCAAGGCAGUGACCACUCAGGAAGAUGCCGACCUGUGUGGAGCACAGCCACUUCUAGAGCGCCUGCAACUUCAAGCAACACCUUCCAAGGAGACCACAUCACCCGCAGACGCUCUACCCAGGCCUUUGACGGAUAUGAUCAACCUGAACACGUCCUUUACCAAGGCUCUCGCUGUUCAUCAAGUGCACAAUGGAUCAAAUGUUCCCAUUGACACUCGCACACUAUGCCCAAGCAUCACGCUGUCUUGGGGCAAGCGCAAUGUUGUCGUUGACGACCUGCGCCAGUGUAUCGGCAUCCUGAACGCCCGUCCCUCGACUGGCAUCAAGUCGCCAUUUUAUCUCUCCGACUAUGGCAGAGGAAAGGUCUGUAUCGAGCUCCGACCUGAGGCCCCGGCCAUCCUGAACGAAGCUCAAAUCAACCGCGACUUCGAGAGCAACCUCAAGAGCCUCUGGUCCAAGAAGAAGGAGUCGGAAUCCGCAACCGACGUCAAGCGAUUUCUGGCAGGUCUUCCCCUGGCACCCAUCACGGUCUGCGAAUCGUUGAUCCGCGGCUCAGCCGCACUCGCCAAAGGCCAAAGAACCCUCGAAGAGUUCAAGCAUGGCAUCGUCAUCAAGAAGAAGCAGGAGGCUGAGCGCAAGGCCCAGGUGGCUGCGCCAGCAAAUGUCGAGGUGGCAAAGAUGAGCCUAAUCGACCGCAUCCGCUACAAGGAGAUGCUCAACUCUCAACAAGACAACAGCCCCAAGCCCGAAGAUCUCCAGCGCCGAGCAGCCCUUCAACGAGCCGCCGACAUUGCGGAUGUUAUUUCCAUGCUCAGCACCGCCACGGCUCUCGGGCAGAAGCGUUUGGCUUUCACCAUGCCGGCGCUGCUGACAAAACUCAAGGACUCUCUGCGGGUGCCAAUCUCUCGCGAGGAGGGUGCGAGCUGUAUCAAGAUGUUGGCUUCAGAGAUCGCACCUCAGUGGAUCAAGGUUGUUACUAUUGGUGGAAGGGAUAAUGUUGUUGUAUUGCCCGACUUUGCAUUGAGCAAGGCAGCCAUCCAAGGUCGGGUUUCUUCUUUGUUGAUGUAA